AACCCCUCUUAAUUCCUUGGCGUCAACCAGACCUACGAUUAAACCAAGCUAGCGCGUGUCUAAGGCUCUAAGCUAGUUUCGACCAUGGCAGAGAAGGUAUCUACGUUGAUCAUGGAAGCCAACCUCGAAUUGGAAAGUGUUACAGCAAGAUCGCAGAGGACAAGGUGCCAAAUUAAGAAGAAGCCCGACGAAAAGGAACCGGACAGAAGAUUAAGAUGCCCAAGCCGAGCCACGGCCACGGGGGCGGCGCCGUCGUUCACCCGUACCCGCAGCCGCAGUCCCCGCCGCGUAAUGAGCACUGAUGACGAUGGUGCAGACGCCGCCGGUGAUAUGCUCCGGUACCGGAGGAGGGUGCGAGAAGAAGAAGCAGGGUCGCCGAUGAUAGCUUGUUAAGAUUUUCUCCAUCUCCAUGAUCAUCAUUGAAAAGAGGUGCCCAUGCAUGGUGACAGCGCCGUCCAAACCACUGAGGUUCGCCGUCUUGAUCGACCGACGGCACAGACAUGUAUGGUGAGCGUCCCACAUUCUUGGCGACCGACAAUCCACGGAGAUUCUUGAAUGCUUGCAGUUGCCUUCCGAUGUCUCUCAUUCUCAAGAUUUUUAUUUUAGCCUUAGCAUGCCAACAUCGAACAAGUGCGCAUGCAGUUACCAAAUUCUUGUACUUAUCUCGUCUCUUAUUUUACGAUGUCUAUGUGCAACUGAAAUUCACCGCGUAGUGUACCUAAGUAGCUAGAUCCCGUGAAAUUCACCAACAUAGACACAAAGAAAAUUUAUACA